UCUUCUUCCAGCCUGUACUGCCUGCUGUAUCCUAACGGCAGGGCGGCCGACUGCUUUCCUCGGGCAGCUUUUCCCACGUCAAAAAGCUAGGGACUUUCCGGACAUCGAUCCCUGGCGAGUGCUUCCCGGUCCCAAUUCCCAGGACUGAUUCCCGGCCCCAGUUCCUGGCAUGGACAUCAACCCUCUGUACUUUCUGGCACAGCCCCCGGCGGGCGGCCAGCCCACUGCCUCCGCCGGUGGGGAGCUUAGCCAAGGAGAAAAGAGGAAAUACUUGCAGCCCGACUCCCGGAAGGACCCCAAACUGGAGGAACUCCAGAAAGUCUUGGUGGACUGGAUCAACUCGGCCCUGCGCCCUGAACACAUUGUUGUACGCAGCCUGGAGGAGGACCUGUUCGAUGGGCUUGUGUUGCAUCACCUCCUGCAGCGACUGGGGGGGAUCAAGUUGGACGUGGAGGAGAUCGCGCUGACGACGGACAACCAGAGGCGGAAACUGGCCACUGUCCUGGACGCCGUGAGCCGGUGCCUGCCAGAGGCGGAGAGGGCCAGCAAGUGGAGUGUGGAAGCCAUCUUCGGCAAAGACCUCCUAGCCACCCUGCACCUCCUGGUGGCCCUGGCCUGCCACUUCUGCCCGCAACUGGCCCUCCCGUCCGGAGUCCGGGUGGAGGUUCUUCUUGUCGAGAGAGCACGGAGCGGGCUGAAGUCGGAGAAGGUGGUGGAGCAGAUCACGGCCUGCAGAGAGGAUGCGGGGAAGGCAUCGAGCAUUGACGUCUUUGAAGAGCUGCUCAAACACGCCCCUGACAAAGUGCAGCAUGUCAAGGAGGUGAUUGUUCAGUUCAUCAACCAAAAAAUGCAGAACCUGGGGCUGGCGGUCAGUGAUCUGGAAACCCAGUUUGCAGAUGGUGUUAUCCUGCUCUUGUUGAUCGGACAACUGGAAGGCUUUUUUCUGAACCUGAAGGACUUUUUCCUCAAGCCCAGCAACUCCGAAGAAAUGGUGCACAAUGUGACCCUGGCCCUGCAGCUGAUGAAGGAGCUGGGCCUGUUGGACUUCCCGAUCCAGCCCACAGACGUGGUGAGCGGGGACACGAAUAGCACACUGCGUGUGCUGUACUGCCUCUUCGCCAAGCACCGGCUCAGCCUGGACAACGACGAGGGGCUGGGCAAGGACGGCGGGCCCAGCCGAGCAGGGAGCUAGGCCCUCCCUGGGGACGGGCGCGGGACGCAGACUUUCCGGAACAGCUCCACUUUCAGGACCUGGGG